UAUGAACGCAAUUAAGUUGGGCUCGUUAUGAACAGGGGCGAAAUAUCGAUUAGAAAAAUAUCGAUAGUGCCAUUUUUAUAUUCACGCGCCACAUCACUAAUCAAUUGAUCAUGCUCUAAGCACAACAAGUUAAUAGAAAGAGCGCCAAUUUAUUAUUAUUUAUUUUAGUCGAGUGUAAAUAAUAUAUGUAUAAUGGAUCAAAAUUUGUUUACCGAUUCAUUGGCACUCCAUGUUUCUGAGACCUCAACACUAUACGCUGUUGGUAAUCAAGCCUUUGCCAGCGAUAGAAAAUCAAUAGUAAAAUUGCCCCGAGGAGGCCGCCACAAAAAAGUGCAUGGAUUUGAACUUAGCCAACAAGUUGUGUUGGUUUAUGGCGAAAAUGAGUUCUCUCUCUUCACAUAUAAGUCGAAGUCGGAGUCGGAUAACUUUCAAAUGUUAUACGAAGGAGAGACUAAAGAUUGGAUUGGCACGGCUAAAUUUCUACCAGAUGAAGAAGGCUGUCAGUUUAUACUACAUAUGGCUCAUAGUGCAAUGUUGCGCAUACAAUUCGUGCAAAAUACAGAAUUGAAAUAUGUAUGUAUUAUAAUGGAGUUGGCACAUUCUACCGACUUUUCCUUGUUGUAUCAUACCUGGGUGCAAGGUACACGCUAUAAUGAUCUUUUAAUUAUGAGCGGCAAUGGAUUUGGUGAAAUUCUGAUUUGGCAACCAAAAGAUCCUAUUAUUCUUGAUCCAACUAGACUUUUGAAGUGCUAUCGACUUAACUUGCGUGUCAAAGCCCAUAAUGGUGUCAUCUUUUCCAUAAACUAUAAAAUGAGUGCUAAUCUCUUGGUAACCACAUCUGAUGACCGAUCAUUAAAGUUUUGGAAGCUUGACACUAAGCCCUUGUCGGUGAAGCCCAUCUUAAGCUGCUUUGGACAUACGGCACGUGUUUACUGUGCAAUGAUUGUAGAUUAUGAAGACCAAAUGCUAAUCAUUAGCGGUGGCGAGGACUCAUUUAUAUGCAUUUGGAACCCCGAAGGUAAAUUAUUAUUGAAACACCGUUUACAGUUUGGAGCACCAAUAUGGAAACUUGGAUUCGAUGCAGUCAACUCAAUGAUCUACUGCACAGGCGCUACAGGAAAUAUAUUGGGCAUAAAUAUACAAACGAUAUUUAAACAAGAGCAGCUGCAUAUAUCACAGCUAAGCUCAACUGAAUACAUGCGCAAAGUUAAAUAUAUUACCAAAUCUGUAGCGAUUGGUUUAAGCAACAAGAACUCUUUGUAUCACAUAAAUGUAAACACAGAGUCAGCAAUUUGGAAAUUAGUUUCCGAGUUUCCAGCUUAUAAGUGUAGUGUGUUGGAAGUUUUCGAUGGCAUGAUUGCCACUUGUGGGGCCGAACGCGUUACCUUGCUGAGAUUUAAUGCUGACACUGGAAGUUUUGUAAAAGUCUAUGAUGGUGGCAUUAUGGAAAGCAUUGUGCGUUCUUUUCAUUUUCUAAACAAAGAGCUUUAUCUAAUAUCAGAUGAGCAGGGAAAUUGCUUGCUGCUUAAAGGUGACGAAUUACAAGUUGUGGGCAGGUUUAAUAAUGCUGCUGGUAGAGAUGAAAGCUGUAUAACAGCUGCAGUGCUUAUAUUACCCCAAUGUAUAUUGCUUAGCCGACGUAAUGGGAAUCUCAUGCUCUACACUCAAGAGCCAGACGCAACGGAAUUUGUGAUGAGAGACAAAAUCAGACACUUGCAUGGAUAUAUGGGUUCGACUGUAUUGCAAUUGCUUAGAAUCCAUGGAGAACAUGCUCACAUCUUGAGCGCUGGACAUGGCCCAGCUUUGAUAUACUUGCGUAUAAAUUUAAAUGAUUAUCAAUUGAGUGUCUUGCGACGUGAGUAUGUGCCAUUGGCCUGGGUGGAAGCCGCGCCCACUUCAGAUAUUUUAAUAGGCUUCAAUGACAAUCACAUUGUGGCAUGGUCACGUCAGCAUGGUGUGAUUUUGCAGCUAAAAUGUGGCGGUGGCCAUCGUUGCUGGGACUUUGAGCUAACUAAUGAAGCGCUUGAUAUAAUAUUUGUGCAAAAGAAGGAAGUGAUUUUUUAUCGCGAGCAACUUUACCCCGAAAGCAAACGCAGCCUAUUGCCACGCAAUAGUUGGCAUACAAAGAGCUGCAACACUAUGCAGCUGUUGCUGCCCAAAGCAGCAAAUGGAAAGAAAUAUUUGCUUUCGGCUGGCGAAGAUAAUAUUAUCCAGAUCAAUCUAGUUAUUGAUGAUUCGCUGUUCCCGCGCCUGGAACUGCAUACACACUUGUCGAAUGUUAAGUAUUUGGCAGCAAUUGCUGUCUUAGGAACUCCGGGAUCUUGGCUUAUCUUCUCUGUUGGAGGACGCGCGCAGCUGUGCAUCAAUGAAUUUGAUAGUGUCACUGGCAGCGUCACAGAGCUGGGCUCACACACGCUGCUUUCAAUAACACCAAAUAACAAUGCACGUCUCAUGUCCAUUGUUGUGCUUAGACAAGAAAAUACAAAUGGUUUCUCAUUAUAUGUAGCUAGCUCUGAUGGCAGAGUACUCUUGUACACAUGGCAAUUGGCAAAGGCAGCUAUGCUCAAUUUCAUACGGCUCAUAGAUGUAAAGCGUUGUCCACUGCAGCUCAAAUGCUUGCCAGAGUUAGAUCUAAUGAUUGUGGCAACAACAAGUGGUGAGCUUUAUGGCUAUAAUCAUACUCUUGACUUGCAGAAGUUCAAGCUUCAGUUGCAUUCAGGCGGCAUAAAUGUCCUGGAUGCAUUUGUUGAGCAGCAGCACACUUUGCAUAUUGUAACAGGCGGCGAUGAUGAGAACGUUAAGCAUACUACGAUAAAACUGAAUGAUUUGCAAUUAGAAGAAACCAUUGAGCACGCCAAGCUACAUAAUGCACAGGUUAAUGCUUUAACUAUACAGUCGGAAUCAGCAGGUUUAUUUGUCUAUACAUGCGGCGUGGAUAAACAAAUAUACAAGAUUCAUUUAAGCACUCAGCAACGGACUCAUUUGGGCUACACUUGCAUAGCCGACACUAAGGGCAUGCUGCUGCAUGAAAAUGAGUGUUUAUUUGUUUAUGGCUCUGGCUUACAAGCAAUUAAGCUAGUAGAAUAUUAAGCUAUUCGAGUAAUAGCAACUGUUACAUGUUUAUGUAGAAGCUAAGCUUACUUUACUUUUAAAUGACAAUUAAAGCUUGCAUUUUUUUUACGUAGUUUAAGCCCACUGUUAGUUAAAUGCUGUUACUGUUUCACAAUUCAUAAUAA